CGACCUCGGGCUGAGUGAAUCAGUUGUUUGUUUUGUCGAGUUUGUGGUGCAGCUCAGGUCGGGAGGGGAGUUGAUUUGAGGCAAGGACCAAAUUUGUUGCUUUUUUUCCACAGGGCUAAUACUUUUGUACAAAAUACAGUUAGACUUACAGUUGCACAAUUAAUGACAUGCUACCUUGUUUCCCUUUUAAUUUAGCUAGCUGUAGCAGGGGUGAAGAAAUAACCGACUUAACAGAGACCAGUACCAGUGAUUCCCGUUUUGAACGACUCGUUGGUGACUUGCACAUCUCUCCUGCCGACAGUCACUGUAGCAUUCGCGCUUAAGUAACUUCAGUGCAUUUCAUGGUCACAGAAAAAAAAUAAUCAAAUAACUCAUUUUAGGGUCAUAUUUUCACCGUUUGUCAUCGUGUAUAAGAAGCGACGUUCUUCGACUGUACAGCAGGUGGCAGUAUGUACUCAUUACAUGUGCGAAUGAGCCGCUCCAAAUAAUCCAAAGAAGUUGCAACCUUCCGCUUGGCAUGUGACGAGAGACAGGUUACAAAAUCUAAACUCCAAACAACUCACAGUCACGACUUGAACUUCAGCUACGUCCCGGCCAAUGGGGCUUGACAGGUUCUGCAGCCCGGACGGAUCCGACCAUUUCUGGGAUUGGAACCGCACAUGGAAUACUUCAAACCCGGACUUUACGCAGUGUUUCCAGAACACUGUCCUGGUGUGGCUGCCAUGCCUGUACCUCUGGCUGUGUGCUCCCAUCUACCUCAUCUACCUCCGUAGCCAUAACCACGGCUACAUAUGCAUGAGUCACCUUAACAAAGCCAAAACUGCUGUUGGCUUUCUACUAUGGAUUAUCUGCUGGGCAGAUGUUUUCUAUUCUUUCUGGGAAAGAAAUUCUGACAGUAGGGAUCGUGCGGCUGUCCACCUUGUUAGUCCUACCAUAUUGGGCUUGACCAUGUUGCUGGCCACCUUGCUGAUUCAGUAUGAACGAAUGAAAGGGGUUCAGUCGUCUGGAGUGUUGCUGGUUUUUUGGCUACUGGCCCUGAUUUGUGCCACAAUCACCUUCCGGUCCAAGGUCCUCCAAGCCCUAGACCAGCCAUCAGCUAUUUGUGUGUGGCGGUACACCACUUUCUUUGUGUACUACACCCUGCUGCUGAUUGCACUGGUCUUGUGUUGCCUGUCAGACCAGCCUCCCCUCUUCUCCCAAGUUGUGAAAGACUCGAAUCCUUGCCCUGAGCCGGGAGCGUCUUUCCUUUCCAAAAUAACAUUCUGGUGGAUCACCAGGAUGAUGAUGAGAGGCUACAAACAUCCUCUAGAGGAGAAGGACUUGUGGUCUCUGAACCCUGAAGACUGUUCUCAGAAAGUGGUACCAGGCCUAGUCCAUUGCUGGAACGCAGAGUGUCUAAAGGGCAAAAGGAUAGAGCAGAAGACAAUGUACUCUCCCAGACGGGCUCGUCACCCUGACAACAAGGAGAGUCAAGGUGCGGAGGAGUCUGAAAUCUUACUCAUAAAAACCCCACAAAGAAAAGAGCCUUCCCUGCUGUGGGCACUUUGCUUGACCUUUGGGCCAUACUUCCUCAUCUCCUGCUUCUAUAAGUUCAUCCAAGACAUUCUCAUGUUCGUCGGACCAGAGAUCCUCCGGCUGCUGAUCCGGUUUGUCAACAAUUCCAGCGCCCCCUCCUGGCAUGGCUACUUCUACACAGCUCUGCUCUUCUUAUGUACCUGUGUGCAGUCACUCAUCCUCCAGAGGUAUUUUCACGUCUGCUUCGUUUCGGGCAUGCGUCUCCGCACGGCCAUCGUUGGAGCCGUCUACAGGAAGGCCUUGGUUAUCAGCAGUGCCGCCCGUCGCACAUCCACAGUGGGAGAGAUCGUCAACUUGAUGUCAGUGGACGCUCAGCGCUUUAUGGACCUGAUUGCUUAUAUUAACAUGAUAUGGUCCGCCCCUCUGCAGGUGGUGUUGGCGCUGUACUUUCUCUGGCAGAACCUGGGCCCAUCUGUUCUAGCUGGUGUGGCUGUGAUGAUUCUGAUGGUUCCUGUUAAUGCUUUCAUUGCCAUGAAAACCAAAGCCUACCAGGUAGCGCAGAUGAAAAGUAAAGACAAUCGCAUUAAGCUGAUGAAUGAGAUGCUGAAUGGCAUCAAGGUGUUGAAGCUGUAUGCCUGGGAGCUUGCCUUCAAGGGCAAGGUGUCAGAAAUCCGAGAAAGUGAGCUGCAGGUUUUGAAAAAGGCUGCCUACCUUGGCGCAGUGUCCACCUUCACCUGGGUCUGUGCACCCUUUUUGGUUGCAUUGUCCACAUUUGCGGUGUAUGUGCUGGUCGAUGAACAUAAUGUGCUCGAUGCCCAGAAGGCCUUUGUCUCACUGGCACUCUUCAAUAUCUUGCGUUUUCCUCUCAACAUGUUGCCUAUGGUUAUCAGCAGCAUGGUGCAGGCGAGCGUCUCCUUGAAGCGAUUGAGAGUCUUUCUAUCGCAUGAGGAGCUACAGGAGGACAGUGUGGAGCGCAAAGCAGUAGCGGGCUCCUUAAGCAGUAUAUCCAUAGUGGACGGAACUUUCAGCUGGUCUAAAACUGAAUCACCAGCACUGAAGAGGCUGAACGUGUGUAUCCCAGAUGGUUCCCUCGUAGCCAUUGUGGGACACGUUGGGUCUGGAAAGUCCUCUCUGCUGUCUGCCCUGCUUGGAGAGAUGGAAAAAAUUGAAGGAAGCGUGGCCGUCAAGGGUUCAGUGGCCUAUGUGCCCCAGCAGGCCUGGAUACAGAAUUCCACACUGAAAGAGAACAUCAUAUUUGGGCAGGAGACAAUUGAAACCUGGUAUCAACGUGUGGUGACAGCCUGCGCCCUUCAACCUGACCUUGACAUCCUGCCUGCUGGAGAUGCAACAGAGAUUGGCGAAAAGGGUGUCAAUCUGUCCGGCGGUCAGAAGCAGAGGGUGAGCCUCGCCAGGGCUGUUUACUGUGACCGCACCGUCUACCUGCUGGAUGACCCGCUGUCUGCUGUUGAUGCUCAUGUGGGAAAGCACAUCUUUGACCAAGUCGUUGGCCCACAGGGCUUGCUGAAGGACAAGACUCGUGUACUGGUGACACAUGGACUGAGCUACCUGCCACAAGUUGACCUGAUCCUGGUCAUGGUGGAUGGAGAAAUCACAGAGGUUGGCUCAUACCAACAGCUCAUGGCCACUGACGGUGCCUUUUCUGAGUUUCUGCGUACGUACGCUGGGGUUGAGCAUGAAGACAACAAUGAUUCAGAAACUGCGCCAAAAAGCGGAUCCAAAGGAAUGGAGAAUGGCAGCAUCACUGGUCUUGCUGGUCCUGUUCAAAGCAGCAGUACAUCCAAACUGUCCCAGCCAGGCAAGGAGAAAGACGAUCUGGACAAAAAGGAAAAGAAGGCGGAUGUGGGCAAGCUGACAGAGGCUGACAAGGCCAGCACUGGACGAGUCAAGCUUUCUGUGUUCUGGGCCUAUUUUAAAGCCAUUGGCGUACUGCUGUCCUGCAUCAGCCUGCUGCUGUUUUUUGCCCAUCACCUGCUUUCACUGUUCUCAAAUUACUGGCUCAGUCUUUGGACUGACGACCCCGUAGUUAAUGGCACGCAGCCUGAUAGACAACUAAGACUGGGGGUGUACGGAGCUCUCGGCUUAUCCCAAGGGGUGGCGGUGUUUGGAUACUCCCUGUCCAUGUCCAUUGGGGGCAUCCUGGCGUCGCGCUGUCUUCAUCAGUCCAUGCUAUAUGAUGUCCUCCGCUCACCCAUGUCCUUCUUUGAGCGAACCCCCAGCGGUAACCUUGUCAACCGCUUUGCCAAGGAGAUGGACACCAUUGACUCUGUGAUUCCCAGUAUUCUAAAGAUGUUCAUGGGCUCCAUGUUUAACGUGGUGGGCUCUUGUGUUGUCAUCCUGAUUGCGACACCUUUUGUGGCGAUCAUCAUUCCCUUCCUUGGACUGCUCUACUUUUUAGUUCAGAGGUUUUACGUGGCAUCCUCACGCCAGCUGAAGCGCCUGGAGUCCGUCAGCCGUUCGCCCAUCUACACCCACUUUAAUGAAACGCUACUGGGCACAUCUGUCAUCAGAGCUUUUGGUGAACAAGAUCGCUUUAUCCGAGAGAGCGACCGGAGGGUUGACCACAACCAGAAGGCUUACUACCCCAGCAUUGUGGCAAACAGGUGGCUGGCAAUUCGUCUGGAGUUUGUUGGCAGCUGCAUUGUGUCAUCUGCAGCCUUGUUUGCCGUCAUAGCCAGAAAAAACCUCAGCCCAGGUAUUAUGGGCCUGUCAAUCUCCUACGCCCUUCAGUUGACAGCCUCUCUUACCUGGCUGGUCAGGAUGUCCUCUGAUGUGGAGACAAACAUCGUGGCCGUGGAAAGAGUGAAAGAGUACAGUGACACAGAGAAAGAGGCUGAGUGGAAGCAUGAGCCAUCCAGCCUCCCUUCCGGGUGGCCCACUGAAGGAUGCAUCGACUUCAAAUGCUUCGGUCUGCGAUAUCGCCACGAUCUGGACCUGGCCAUCCGCAACAUCACUGUCAGCAUCAAGGGUGGAGAAAAGGUGGGGAUUGUGGGUCGCACUGGAGCAGGCAAGUCGUCCCUAACGCUGGGCCUGUUCAGAAUCAUUGAGGCAGCUGAGGGACAAAUUUUCAUUGAUGGGGUGAACAUUGCUGAACUGGGCCUCCAUGAGCUUCGCUCCAGGAUCACCAUUAUACCACAGGACCCAGUGCUGUUUUCAGGCUCUCUGAGGAUGAACCUAGAUCCGUUUGACAGCUACUCCGAUGACGACAUAUGGAGGGCUCUGGAGUUCUCCCAUCUGAAGAGCUUCGUGUCCGGCUUGCCAGACAAACUCAGCCAUGAAUGUAGUGAAGGAGGAGAGAAUCUCAGCGUGGGUCAGCGACAACUGCUUUGCCUAGCCAGAGCAUUACUCAGAAAGACCAAGAUUCUUGUUCUAGACGAGGCCACGGCUGCUGUCGACAUGGAAACUGACAACCUGAUACAAACAACCAUCCGCUCUCAGUUUGAGGAAUGCACUGUCCUGACCAUAGCUCAUCGCCUGAACACCAUCAUGGAUUACACAAGGGUGCUGGUUUUGGAGAAAGGCGAAAUGGUCGAAUUUGAUUCCCCUUCCAGUCUCAUCGCUCGAAGGGGAGCCUUCUACAACAUGGCCAAGGAUUCUGGGCUGGCCUGAAACUUGGUGGCGCCAUUCCUCUAAAUUGACUCUGCGAAAGAGUCACCAGAGCGACUUAAGUUGUUAUCUUCAGUUUGACAAAGACGGAGCGCCUCCUUACCUGCUUUUUCAAGGCAACCCAACUCCUGCUUGUCAUUCUGUCAAAGGUGGGAAGGAUUUUUCUGUAGCUUUUAUUUUGCACCCUGUGUACGCGUUUCUGAAAAAUGGGUGUCCCACUGUCAAAAUGCCAUAUUGAGGAUUUGCCCAGUUCCGAACUAUAUACAGUAAAAAAUAGUUUACACUGCAAAGGUACAAAUGGAGUGAUGCAAACUCCCUCAUCAAACAUUUGGCUGAUGGGGACAGAUUUCAAAAAGAUAAGAGUCCAAACCCGAACAACACAUCAAGCCCCAGUCCACCAUGUUCAUCUUAUUGCUAAGAAAUGCCCGCUUAAGUUGACAUAAACAUACAUGUGUGACAGCUUUUGUUGACAUAAAAUUUGAUAGCCAGCGGGGUCAAUUUUAUGAAAAAUGGGUUGGUUUAUGUCAACAUGUGUUGUAGUCUUGUUAACGUCAUCAUUAUUGCUAAGCAGAGCGAAAUGACAACAGCAGCAUAACUACUCUCUAGUAAACAAUGGCUAGUUUUGCUUUCCAUUAUGUCGACAAUCCACUGUGAACUCCAAAGGGUUCCAUUGUAUUUUGACGUGGUACGGAGCUGGGCCGUGCUAAGUAUGCAGGGAAAAGCACUUGUUUUAUUUGAAUGUUAACUUCUUUAGGAUGGACAGGGUCGCGUACAGUUUUAGACCGUUUUCAGGUUUACCUUCAGGGCGUCGGCAGCAAGGGUUGAAGAGUGGCAGCUGCUUGGUCAGAAACAUCUGCUUGCUGUUGAUUGUUUUAAUAAUAAACCCCAAACGCACAAGUUCAAAGGAUCUGGAGGACAGAUUCGACUUUUCUGCCACUUUAUGUGCUUCAUUAUUUAUUUAUUGAGUUUUCUCUGUUCAGCAGCUUUAUUGUGGUCUAGUGAUAAUUUGUUAAAUUGAAAAUGUACUUGAUUCUAUUGUGGAGCUUAAGUACAGUCGUCUUUUUUUCUCUGGAAGCCUUGAGCAAAUCGGAGAAAUACGAUUUUAGUAUUUCUGGUCGAUAUAGUUUGAUUGCUUGAUCUGCAGAGUUUUGCCCCCAUAUUUUAGUGCACAUUUUAGAGACGGUAUAUGGCUUUAUUUGUUGGUAAACUACUGAGAUUUCUUUGGUUUAAAGUACCAGCAAGCAGAUCGGCAGCAGUGUUGUUAAUAUUGAAGACAUGUUUUACCUGUUGUUGUAAGGAAAGCAAAGAGAAAACAAAGUUUGAUUUGACAUUAGGUUGGCAUGUUAGGGGUGAGCAAUACGACAUGAGUACGGGGCCACACUACACAGGAUACCGAUACUUUUUACUCGAAAAAUUUAAAGAUCAUUGAUUUUAUUUUCCCUUUAAUUUCUUCAACAUAAUUAUGCACUACAUUUACACACAUUCAUGAUUCAGCAUUCACUCCCCCGCAAAUAGACGCAUUUUUGGUCAAAGAAUUAUAAUUUUUCUUCAAGUAGGCCAAUUUUGGAGCAGGCCAUGUGUCAAAAAUAGACAUUUCUAGGGGUGUAUCAAUUACUUUACAUUUUUUGCCAUUUGCUGAUGGUACCAGAUGUAACCCCUGCAAAAAGAAGGAAUCUAUUUUAAUCUGUAAAAGAUUUUAGGCAAACAAAAAGAAGAGAACUGAAGGAGUAGUAGCUAGUACCUGUUUCGCUUCUGUCCGAUACGGAUACUACCCUUGGUUUCGAUGCCUCAGUUGUUUUGGAUUGAGCCGCCCACCCCUACUAGAAACACCUGGUGAUGAAAAAAACAACAAAAAAUUGAUUAUUGAAUAGGUAGAUGUGUGAUUUUGAUACCAGCAGACUCUCCAAUGUUUAUAUGAUGUUUGUCAUGUUGUCUUUUAAGUCUCAUUAGAUAUGGCAUUAUGUGCUUUCAUUUCCUCACGAAACAGUAUGGAUGCUGGUGCUCAGACAGUCGCUGAGGUGGGGGAGAAAUUAUGUGUUUGUUGCAGCUUCACAGACGACUGUCUAGUUUUAAUCAGUCGAUGUUCUGUUAUCAAAAAUAGCCUUUAUUUACUAAGUGUGUGUCUGUUUGCCGUCAAUCAAGGCUCUGUUCUCUUUACAAAAGAUGAUUGUAACUUAUUUUGUUGUUGCUCAUGCAAAGCCUGUGGAGAUUAAAGAAUGUUCGUUACAAAUGUAUUAUGGAGUAAAUGGUUGAUAUUUCUUUGUAUAUGUUUCUUUGUAUAUGUUAUCAGUUAUAAAUAAAUGCAAUG